CCCAACAAUCAGAGGACACAAACCCACCGGACUGCCUUUCACUGAGAUGUGAAUGAAUGUAAAAUAGCUGUCAGGGCAGUUGGACAAACGAACACCGAUUUUGGAUUUUGAAGCUGCUUGUGGACUUGGCUUAUUUUGGUUUCCACUGAAGGAUUCACAAUGGAUGGAUGGAUGUAUCAACAAACCCUCAUCUCAUUGGCUGUAUUGCUCUUCACUCUGUCCAAUAUUGUCUGUGGGGGUAAAAUAUUAAUCUACCCAUUGGACGGAAGCCACUGGAUCAACAUGAGAGUCAUCAUCGAAGAGCUGCAUUCCAAAGGCCAUGACAUCACAGUGGUGCGAGCGUCAAACAGCUGGUACAUCAAGGAGAAUUCCCCCCACUACACCGCCAUUACCAUCCCUAACACUGGUGGCUUCGAUGAAAACUUCUUUGGUGAAUUUAUAUUAAGUAAACAUCUGAAGAUCCAAAGGGAGCAGGGGAAAAGCUUUUGGACCGAAAUGAAGCUUCAGUCAUCAAUGAAGGACACUUUUUUUGGGUUCCACAGGAACAUGGCUGAAAUUAUCGCUCGGGUCCUUGAAGACGGCGAGUUGAUCCAGUCUCUCCGCGAUGCUAAGUUUGAUUUGGUUCUGACAGAUCCUGGGGUUGGUGGAGGCACGAUCUUAGCCCGCUUCCUCAGCCUUCCUCUGGUAUACAAUGUCAGAUGGACCAUUCAAGGUGAAGCUCAUUUGGUCAUCGCCCCCUCGCCUCUCUCCUAUGUCCCGUACGCACCCACAGAGUUGACAGACAAGAUGACCUUCCCCCAGAGAGUCACCAACGUCAUAGCUUACACACUCGGGAGUUACACCCUGGCAUCUAUUACAGAACCCAACUACAAACCGGUAGUCCAGCGUUACUUUGGACCUAACGUCGACUACAACGCAUUCUUCCAAGAAGCAGAUAUCUGGCUCAUGAGAAGCGAUUUUGUCUUUGAGUUUCCGAAACCCACCAUGCCGAAUAUUGUCUACAUGGGUGGGUUCCAGUGUAGGCCCUCCAAGCCUCUUCCACGGGACCUGGAGGAGUUUGUUCAGAGUUCCGGAGAGCACGGGGUUGUCAUGAUGACUCUGGGGACUUUAGUGGCAGAGCUCCCUGAAGAUAUCGCGGACGAAAUCGCCGGCGCGUUCGCCCAGCUGCCUCAGAAGGUCAUCUGGAGGUAUACUGGACAGAGACCCUCCACCCUGGGUAACAACACCCUACUGGUGGGCUGGCUACCCCAGAACGACCUCCUAGGACACCCCAAGACCCGGGCCUUCGUAGCCCACGGAGGAACCAACGGUGUCCAGGAGGCCAUCUACCACGGCGUCCCCCUGGUCGGCCUCCCUCUCGCCUUCGACCAGGCCGACAACCUCUCCAAGAUGAAGGCGAGGGGAGCAGCUAGGAUGGUGGACAUCGUCACCAUGGACAGAGAAGUGUUCCUGGAGGCUUUGGAGGCUGUGCUGCAUGAACCGUCCUACACGGAGAACAUGCAGAGGUUGUCCAGGCUGCACAGGGACCAACCCAUUAAGCCGCUGGACAACGCGGUGUUCUGGAUCGAGUUUGUCAUGAGGCAUAAAGGAGCUCGUCACCUGAGGACAGAGUCCCAUAAGAUGUCCUGGAUAGUGUACCACUCAGUUGAUGUGAUAGCGGCUUUGCUGACGUGUGUGUUGCUUGUAACGCUGGUUUGCCUGUCGGUCGUAAGAUGUGUUUGGCGUAAGGUGUUUUGCAGGAAUAAAGUGAAAAGUGAAUGAUGUCGUGUUUUGACAUGUGAAUAUGAAUAUAUCAUCUUAUCAUUGAUCAAUCGGCAAAUUAUCAAUAACAUUUACAUUUGUAUCAAUAAAAUGUGUAUUUUUAUCAAUAAAACAUUGUUUUGUGGUA